UCAGAUUUGCUGCCUUUUAUGAUGACUGAUGCUCGGGUCAGAGGGAGAGAGAGGGGCCUCACACCUGGAGAGUGUUUGAACUGCUUGGGACUGAGGUGUCAGGACCCCUGAAAAACCCCAGAGAGGGUGGUUUGUGAGGCAGCUCUCAGAAGUGCUUUUUCGGGUUUCGGAAAAUGCAGGCAGGCCUGGGGGGGGGGCAGCGUGUGUGCAUGUGUGCGUGUGUGGUGAUGUGCACAUGUGGCCCGUGUGUUCUGUGACUUCGCUUGUCUACACUGGUGGCUUGCGUCCCAUAUGUCUGUUUACCGGUGAGAUGUUGUCACUGCCGCCUCCUGGAAAAAAUGGAAUGCAGUUCUUGGAUGGAAUGCCCCAGGCUUGGAGCAGGGUCUAGGUAGAUGUUGGUUUGUUGUUGUUGUUUUUCCUUUCCUUCUUUUUGUGUCUAGCUUGGGAUUCUAGACAAAUAUUUGCAACUCUGGAGCAGGAAACUGUUCCGUUUACAGGCGACGUUCGUUGAUGCCGGAAUCUUCCUUUUCAACUCUGCCCCCCUCUUCUUCCUGGAGGCUCAGUGUUCAAUUUGGUUUCCUUUUGCUCUCUUGUUUUGGGGUCUCUGUUCCCCCUUCUGGGGCCCUGCUUCUGAGGGUGAGGUAGCCAGUGAGCUGUGCCCGAAUGUGCUGGCUCUUUUACCCUGGGGCUCACUAAGGGUUUGGAGGCAGGAGGCUGGCAGGAGAGAGAGUUCAUGGAAAGGCCACGUUUUCUAGGCGAUUAGCUCAGUAUUAGAACCACAAAAUGACCUCAGAAGCCCCUUGACCUCUCUGAGACUGGACAGUGGGCUGGCUCCUGCCUCCUGCCCAGGAGGGAAAGUCCUACCUCUGCAGGGAGGGGUACUUUGAGCUGUUGUCCUGGCCCCACCUUCAUCAUCUCCCUCUAGCCCCCAACCCCUUCUUUGCUAACUGGGAAUUUCUGGAUUGUUUUUCUAUUACUGUCCCCUGGGGAGAAAAAGAGUGAAAAUUUUAGCCCUGGGGUGCAGUUGGGGGAAGGGAGUAGGGUGCUGAUCUGGAUCUCUGUGUAGGACUCCUUCCCUAGGCCGGGUUCUAACCAGGCCCCCCCCCCCCCCAUGUCCAGUUCAUCUCUUGUUUCCUGUUUCGCUUGGAGGGAGCAGAGGGAAGAGAGACAAAGGGAGACGAUAUGACAGGUCCACAGGGCUUCAGAGGGCUUAAGGGACAAACCCCUGGGUUCUAAAGAGAGGGAAGGCUCCCCCACUAACAGUCCCUUGGAGGUUACUGUCUCUCGAGGUCUGAUAUCCAAAUUCACAGCUUCUUAACCCAUUUUUCUGAAGUUCCUUUGUUUAGGAGACUAUUCCUGCAAUCACUUGUGCCCCCUUCCCCUAAUCCCCAGUCUCACCCCAGCUUCUCACACAGCCCAUGGAUACCUUCCCACCAGGGGAGCAGGAGAGAUGGGAGAAGGGUCAGUACAGGCUGUCCUGACCAUUUCCAAGGACAGUUCUACCACAUCAACCAGAGUUUUAGCAACUUUGAAUUUUAAGAGAUGCGUGGAGAAUUUGCUAACAUGGAGCCUUUCCAAUUCUGUUUUCUACUUGAUGUGUCUGAAAAUCCAUACCAGCAACCAAUUUUUUUUUUAAAGAGGAGAUAGAGACAAAGAGACACACAGAGAGAGAGAGGGUGAGUGAGAGACACGGACAGACUGAGACUCCAGCUGGGAAGAGAGGAAAUGUUCCUUCACUUAAAACCAGGAGACACAGAACCUUGCUGGGAUGUGUGUGGGAUGUUGGUUUGUAUUUUGUAAAUCGUCUCAAUCGUCUCCUGUCACUUGGGGACUCAGUCUCAGGCAAGAACUAACUGGCGUUGGUUGGUAUCAUCUCCUUUGUCCCUGAGUGGCAUGAUAAAUGCAGGGGCUGGAGGCCUGGGGCAGGAGAGGAAGUGGGUAGAAAGGUGAGCUGGGCUGCUCCUGGAUUGGAAAUGUUUGAGGUUCAUGGGAGACGUGCACCCAUUACUCAUAAGGGCAGAUAACCAAUUGUGGGCCUUCUUAUAGUCCCAGGUGGCAAAGAUCUAGUCACCUGGGACUUUACAAAGCUGCUCUCUGCAGAGUGAGGGGUCCAUCAAAGGGAAGGAGGGGGGAAACAAUGGAAGGGAAAGUUGGGGUUCAUUCAAGGGUUUCAGCCCCAUAGGCCAGAGCUUCCAGAUUUCCCUUUUCCCUCACUGCCAGACCCCAGUCUUUUCAGGGGCUGGGCAGUCUCCCCAGCUAGACAGACUCACCUUCACCUUCUACAAUUCUGGUGGCCACCCCAUCCUCAUCUUUGGCCUCUCUUCCCUCCAGGCCCCUGGGCCCUCCGGAUUCACCCUCCUCCUUGCACUUACUGGGGCAGAGGGGCUCCUCAGUCCUGCCAGAGCCCCGGGAGGCCACCCCAGCGCCCGUGGUGGGUCUCCCUGGGAAGAGUGGCCGGCUGGGGAGGGGAGUCUGCUUGGAAAACGGAGUUGGGAAGUUUCCCAGCGUGAGCUGAGCGCUGACGGAUUUGUGAUCAGCCAUAAAACCGGCGCGUUCAGAUUCGUAAAUCAAUCUUGCCUCUCUCGCAGAAUGAACGUUCGCUUUAUCGGCAGCAAGAAAGCGCUCAGCGCGCGCUCAGGCGCUUGUUUAUUUGAACACGGACAUUCCCAGGAUCCGAAAAGAGUGUGGGCAUUUUAGCAGAACCUGCCCAGCGUGUCUUCGUGUCAUUUUGCGGUUUCUUUUCCUUGCCCUUAAAGACAAUUUCUCAGGUUUCAGAGAUUGCUGUCUUUCCCUGCUCCUGCAUAUUGCUUCCAAUUUCUCUCUCGCUCGCUCGCUCCUUCUCUCUCUCUCCUUUUUUUCUUUCAGACUUUAGUGGACUGUUUUCCUAUAGGGGACCGUUUUUAAUGCAUUUGUGGCCAGGACCUUGCAAGGAGUUGCCCUGGCUGGAACCGGGCGCAGGGCCCACAUCGGGAGCCGGCUGAAUUCAAUCCCAGUCUGUGUUUUGUAUCGGGACAAUCAAAGCCGACCACCCCCCUACAGAGUCUGGGCCCCGCCGGCGCCCCACCCGUGCGUCGUCGGGAGCGGGAUUCCGAGGAGGCGGCCGGGGCCAAGCUGCCGCCACAGCUGGAAUUUACGGGGGCCGCCGAGUGCGAGUGCAGGGUGGCUGUUUCUUUGCGGGUGGUGAAGGCAUCUGGGUCCUCAGCCUCUUCCCCCUUGAGUUGUUUUUGGGUCAGACCUCUCCAAACAAACCAGUGGCGGCCCCGCGGCCCCUGCUCCCCUACCCUAAGCCGCAUUGAUUCUCUCUCGUGUCUGCUCCAGCCGGCGCGGCGGAGGCCAGGCUGCCCCAGUUGCUGCCGAAGAUAAGCCUGGGAAUGUGCGGACAGGGGCUCCUGCAGGAAUGUCUUUUCUGCUCCCCUUUGCGCCCCCACCCCACGCGAUGGCCCAGGACUCCGAUUCUGGUUGCUACUGGUCUGCCCAUUCUGGGGCCAAGCUGUAAGUGAAGCUUUGGGGGAUUUGGGUUUUCGUUUUUGUUUUUGUUUUGUUUACAUCCGAGAUGAAGGACUGUGUGUCCGCUUCCCUCUCCAGGCCUAGGGAAUGGAUUUCCCCUAUCAUCCCUGUGUUUAACCCUUUAAUAUGCGACCCCCCUCCUCUUUGCCCAUUGAUCGGUCUCCAUUGUCUGCUGAUUGGGAGCUCAGGGUACUGACACCUGGGGAAUAGGGACCCUGGGGCUGCCAGACUGACUUCAAAGCCUCGUCUUUCUUCCCUUUCCUUCCCCUCUAGUUCAAAUCUUAAGCCCUCUUCCCUGGUGUGUCAGGGAUGGAGGGGGUCACCGAGAUGGUGUGUGACAUAGGUAGACAGAGCCUGAGUGCCCACUUCUUUUGUGUAGAAACCCUAGUCUGAGUCUUUGUGUCUAGAACAUAUUCUCAGUUGGUCAGUAGAAUUUGAUUCCUCGUGGUGGUAGUAACACAAGGGUGGGGGGGAAGUCCCCCUUGCGGGUAUUCUCAGCUCUGGGAGUUCCAGAGUCGUCUCUUCAUCCUGUCCCCUCUCUGCCCCUUCAAAAUGUACCACAAAAGAUCAGAAAGAGCAUUAAAGCCAGAAGCCCCAUUCUUCAUGCCUAUGUACCGCGGACUUGUGGGGAGUGCUUCUUUUGAAGCUGGUCCCUUUAGAAAUGUUGUUGCUUUUUUAGGAGAGGGGGAGUGGGUCCCACUAAAAUAAAUAUCCUAGGAGUGAGGGAGAGAAUGGAGUUGGGGGGAAUCCUAAUCUUAAAGGACGCAGAGAGACGAGCUGGAAGCUGAGAAAUCCAGAGGCUUGGAGCAGGGCUCUGCGCCCACCCCACCCCCACCCCCCAGACGCCCCUGCAGACUAUUUCUGCACCUCCACGAACUAAGCAGAAGCAGGAGGAGAAGGGAGAGAAGAGAGGUGGGCUGUAGGUAAGUGUGUGUCUGGGCGGGGGUUGGGGGGAGGUUAGGGAGCCGUAGGUAGAGUAGGUAUAGAUGUGAAUGUGGGAGACAAGAACUUGCUACUCUUCCAUUGGUGGGUUGGGGGGAACCUAUUUUGCAGGAAAAUUUCUCCUCCUGAAGGGGAAGGUCAUAGUGGUCCUUUGAGUCUGAAAUCGAAAGACCCCCUUCCCCCUCCUGGUCACGUGAUUCAUUAAAUAAUUAAUGCCGAGGUUGCAGAAUAGAUAUGUAUUCGUCAGGAAAAUCGCAGGCUCGGUCUCCCUGUUUCUGACGUGCAAUUCAACUGUCCUUUGAAAAACAAGCCUGUACCCCGAGAAAAAAAAAGAGAGAGAGGGGGAGAGAGAGGGAGAGAGAGAGAAAAAGAGAGGGAGGCAGCAAUAAAACAGCCCCGCAGCCGGAGCCACACCGCGGGCUGGGGUAUUGAGGGGAGAUUUCUCGCCUGCCGCUCGCGCUGGGGCUCGAUGUGAAUAUAUAUUAUGUCUGCCUGUUCUCCCCUCGUCGGUGGCUAAGGUCAGCAGCUCCCAACGGACUCGGGAGGAGGGGGGCAGAAAGGGGAGGGGGGGGUCCGGCGCCUCACGUGACCCCCGCGGGUGCCAAUGUCCGGUCGUGAGGGUAUCAGGCUCUCGCAACUUGCCACCCACUGCCCGGGCCUCGCCCAGCGAUGCAGAAAGCCACCUACUACGACAACGCCGCGGCAGCACUCUUCGGAGGCUACUCCUCGUACCCUGGCAGCAAUGGCUUCGGCUACGAAGGUCCCCCCCAACCCCCCUUUCAGGCCGCCACGCACCUGGAGGGCGACUACCAGCGCUCGGCGUGCUCCUUGCAGUCCCUGGGCAACGCCGCCCCGCAUGCCAAGAGCAAGGAGCUCAACGGCAGCUGCAUGAGGCCCGGCCUGGCCCCCGAGCCCCUGCCCGCCCCGCCCGGCUCACCCCCGCCCAGCGCCGCACCUACCAGUACCACUAGCAACAGCAAUGAUGGGGGCGGGCCCAGCAAAACCGGCACCCCCAAGUGCGUUCCUGGCUCCAACUCCACCCUCACCAAACAGAUAUUCCCCUGGAUGAAAGAGUCGAGGCAAACGUCCAAGCUGAAAAACAGCUCCCCCGGCACAGCGGAGGGCUGCGGCGGCGGCGGAGGCGGCGGCAGUGGUGGCGGCGGGGGCGGCGGCGGCGGCGGCGGCGGGGGAGGGGACAAGAGCCCCCCGGGGUCGGCGGCGUCCAAGCGCGCGCGGACGGCGUACACGAGCGCGCAGCUGGUGGAGCUGGAGAAGGAGUUCCACUUCAACCGCUACCUGUGCCGGCCGCGCCGCGUGGAGAUGGCCAACCUGCUGAACCUCAGCGAGCGGCAGAUCAAGAUCUGGUUCCAGAACCGGCGCAUGAAGUACAAGAAGGACCAGAAGGCCAAGGGCCUGGCUUCGUCGUCCGGGGGCCCCUCCCCUGCCGGCAGCCCCCCGCAACCCAUGCAGUCCACGGCCGGCUUCAUGAACGCCUUACACUCCAUGACCCCCAGCUACGAGAGCCCGUCCCCGCCCGCCUUCGGCAAAGCCCACCAGAAUGCCUACGCGCUGCCCUCCAACUACCAGCCCCCUCUCAAAGGCUGCGGCGCCCCGCAGAAGUACCCCCCGACUCCGGCGGCCGAUUACGAGCCCCACGUCCUCCAAGCCAACGGGGGCGCCUAUGGGACGCCCACCAUGCAGGGCAGCCCCGUGUACGUGGGCGGGGGCGGCUACGCGGAUCCGCUGCCGCCCCCUGCCGGCCCCUCCCUCUACGGCCUCAACCACCUUUCCCACCACCCCUCGGGGAACCUGGACUACAAUGGGGCGCCCCCUAUGGCCCCCAACCAGCACCACGGACCCUGCGAUCCCCACCCUACCUACACAGACCUCUCCUCUCACCAUGCGCCUCCUCCUCAGGGUAGAAUCCAAGAAGCGCCCAAAUUAACACACCUGUGAUCGGAGAGGGGCCGGGGGGGCCGGGGCGGCGGAGGGGCGAGGUCUUGGGGUGGGUGAGAGCUACGAGGGGCGCAGGCCGUGCGCUCUGAGGGGGCAGCCUGGAGGUCUGAAAUAGGGAGGCAAGGAGGCGAGAGCCACACUUGCUGCUGGGAAGACCGGGGCUGGAGCCCCUUCCCCUCCCCCUGGCCUGAGAAGUUGCUUUGUAAGGUCCUCCAGUCCUUGUUCGGUCCGCCUGCCAACCCACUGGAGAGAAAUCCACAGCCGACUGUGGAGAUGAUCCCCUCAACCCUAGGCCUCCAGCAAUACCCAGUUAGGAGAUAGGGAAACAAGGCAGAGAAGCACAUUUUAAAAAGCAGACAAGAUGGCUAGGCCAUCACCAACCAACCAACUAACUUACCUUCCAUCUCUGUGAGUAAUUCCUCCAAAUCUUGAUUUUUUUUUUCCUUGCAGUUCUCCUUUAAAAAACAAACAAAAAAAGAGAGCCCAUUUCAAAACCAAGGGCCCAAAGCACGCUCCCCUCCCACUUUCCUGAAGCCUCAAGUUUCCUCCCACCCAUGUGAGGUUUCUGGGGGCGCUCCCUCCAUUUUUAGCCCCAUAGUUUCUGCUUUAGGACAUUCAUGUCUACACCCCACCCCCCUCUAUUACAGUUUUCAGAGGGCUCAGGGAUGGCGAGAGAUCCUGAAAGUCAGAGCUGUCUAUAUUAUAAAUAUAUAUAUUUUUUUCUUUUAUGGAACGCUGGGAGGUCAGAGCAGGCAAGGUGUCAGGACUGAAGCUUUGCCCAUUCUGCUGUCUCCCAUCUCAGCUCCAGGACCAUCCCCCUCUCUCCACAGAAAGCAAUCGGGCGACACGAGGUUCUACACUUUUCUUUUCUUCUGUUGCUCUCUUGACUUAACGUGAAAACAGGGUAUAUUUUAACAAACUGUCUGUCCCAGGCAGGGGCUGCAGCUGGGCCUGUGCGCCUCGCUCAACCCCCUGUCAGGACACUUUUGUUGCACUUAGAGUUUACAUUUUAAUGGAUAUAAAAACAACUGUGAGAGAUGCUUGGGUCUGCAGGAGUCCGGCAUCGCUCAAAAAGUGUGUGUUCUAGUGAACAUUUUCAUAUAUAUUUAUUGGUUAUAGCCUGUUAAAAUAUUUUCUUUUUUGUAUUAUUUAUCCCCCCCCUACAUUAUGUAUUUAUAUGAGGGAAGAAAAUGACAAAUUGUACUUUUUUAGUAUUUACUUGUUAUAAAGGACGUUGUGUUUCCUGUCAUGUAAAACCAGCUAUUUUAGUUAUUAUUGUACUCUAGAAAAGAGCUGUAGAUUUAUGUUAAACGCGUACUUAUGAGCAAUUGUAAUUAGUUCUAAAAGGCAUGAACUCAGCUCCUAUUGUCAUUGUAUAGUCCUGAAUUCGUAGAGUUAGAGUUAAUUCCCUCUCGAAACUUUCUUUGUUCUUCCGUAGUUACUUUUUUCCUCACUUAAAAGGGUUGUCUGUCAAACAAUUCUUGAAUAAACUUUCUGUUAUCAAUUUUA